AUGUGGCUUUUUCACGCCAUUGUCUCCGACUCAAGAUCAUCUUUGUGUGCUCCACUAAGCUGCGGCUCCCACUACGUCGCUCCGGAAACGUCCCUAGGCUUCCAGUCCGAAAAUUAUCCGGAGGACUAUCCUGGGCGGGCCAAAUGCACGUGGGACUUCACAACCGACGAAGGAGCGACGCUGGACCUCUACUGCGACGACUUCUCGCUCCAGAAUUCGAGAGGCUGCAAAAAGGAUUUCUUCCAGGUUACUGAUUUCGCCAGUUUCAAUGACAAGUACUGUGGCACCGGCGAUGAGCUCAGCAUCUCGGGCCAGAGUUCCUCCCUCCAAGUCUUCUUCAAGACCAACCGGCGAACGUCCUCCAGAGGUUUUUGCUGCGCCGUUACAGCCUCCGCGGUUACGGUUCCUCAGACUCCUGCGCCACCUCCGACCGCUGCACCGGGCGAGUGUUCGUGCGGCCGAGUGAACCGUAGGACACGCAUCGUCGGAGGAACCGAGACCGAAGUAAACGAGUACCCUUGGAUGGCCGGCCUCAUCAGCAACGGGAACUUUAUCUGCGGAGGAGCCGUGAUCGCCGACGAGUGGGUCCUGACGGCGGCGCACUGUGCGGUGAUCAUGGAUAAUAACGACGCUGUCUUCCUUGGCGACCACGACUAUUCCAUCGCCUCUGAAGCAAAUGCCUACGCUAUAAGGGUGUCCCAGAUCGUGAUACACCCUCGGUACAACAGGAAUACCUUGGAAAACGAUAUCGCUCUCCUGAAGCUUUCUUCCAAGAUCACGUGGCCUUCAGAUAACACCGUGGCCCCUGUCUGCCUCCCUGCCGCUGGCGAGUCCUUCAGUGACGUCAGCGCAAUCGUGACGGGUUGGGGCGCUCAGUCUGAGAGCGGAGGCUAUCUGCCACAGCUCUACGAAGUGACAGUGUCAACGCUGACGAAUGAAGAAUGCAAUGCUCGCUACGACGGUGGCAUUCUUGAUGGCAUGAUCUGUGCUGGUGAGGGGGGGAAGGAUUCGUGCCAGGGAGAUUCCGGAGGCCCAAUGAUCUACAAUGACAACGGGCCAUAUGUUGAAAUUGGCAUUGUCUCCUGGGGCAUCGGCUGCGCUCGGCCAAAUUACCCGGGAGUGUAUGUGAGAGUGAACAACUACCUCACGUGGAUCGAUUCCUACAUCAGCUCCUCCGUGACCUGUCCACGUUAA